AUGUUUCCAAUGGCCGGAGUUGAGGAUGGUUUCAUGGAUGAGAUUGCCAAUGCUUCUAGCUUCUUUGGAGAUGCUUGCCGGCGUUCCAGACAAAGCCGAUCGAAUGACGCUUAUGUGCCAGUAUUGAAGCUGGAUGGCAUUGAAUUGGAUCUCGUGUUCGCAAAACUACCAAUCGCGGCCCAAGUUCGGGACAAUCUGGUGUUUAUUGAUGCACUGAGGACAAAUUUAGACGAUUCUUUUCACGUCGCACCGCGUCCGACCCGAAAUGAUGCUUGCGAAGCUGAUGGAACGGGUGUCGUGUUACCGAUGAAAUCCUCAGAGUCGUUCCUUACCAGGACCAUUUUCGGGUCAAUGAGCUGUACGAAUAUGGGCAAAACGGGCAAAGCGCCGGAGCGGGAUCGGCGCAAGCUGAGAAAUUUGUUUUCAAUCCCCGCUAUGCCGAAGCGGACACUGUGAUUUUGCCAUUUUGGUUAGAUUGACCGUACUGACAAUGGUUUUAAGCAAUUCUUAACUUCUUUUUGCAUAUGGCCGGCUCUCAAUGGAGGUGCUGCAUAUGAUGCGAAGUCGAUCCUUGACUGUGCGAAGAUCUCGCUCCGCUAUAGUUCCAAUCUCAAGGUCGAGCGGUGACGAGUUUAACGCGUCUCUAUCCUUCGGCGGAUUGUUGGAAAUGUUGAAAUCGAGACGAUGCCGAAGUGCUUUUCUUUUUUCAUAUACAUGAGUGUUGGAUUCGUUUGUAAGGUGCAUUCCAAUGAGUCCUCGCAUACUUUCGUGGCUUAGACGCAUGCGUGAAAAAAAUUGAAAGCAUAAAAAAAAAAAUUCAAGAAAGCAGAUAAAAAAAUCUAAAAACUUGGAAAGUGUAAUAAAAAGAAAAAGUGAGGGAAGAUCGUAUCGACUCUUUUCUGUUGGAAACUAUUAUAACGUGGCUUCUGCCUUACCU